AUGCCCCCUUCAGGUUAAGUGUUACUGAAUGCCCCCUUCAGGUUAAGUGUUACUGAAUGUUGAAAGAAGUCCUGCUGAGGCUGAGGCUGUCCUAAUAUGGACCAUUGGUCUAAUGUGGUGUUGUGGCCUGUGUUGUCCCUGCAGUACCUGGGCAGGUGGUUCAAACACCGACCAAUCAGCCUGUGCUUAGCAAACCUUUGGAAAAAAUUGUGUUUGAUCAAAUACAAAGUUAUUUUACAGAAAACAAAUUAACAACAGACUUUCAUCAUGCUUAUAGGGAAGGGCACUGAACAUGCUCGGCACUGACACAUUAUCUCCUGGCUCAAAGUUGAGGAGAGAUUGACUACAUCACUACUGGUCUUUGUGCGAGGUGUUGAUGUGUUGAAGGUACCGAACUGUCUGUUCAAGCAGUUGGCACACAAUUCGGACACUCAUCGGUACAACAUAAGACAUGCAACCAGACGUCUCUUUACAGUCCCCAGGUCCAGAACAGAGGUUGGAAAAUGCACUGUAUUAAAUAGAGCCAUGACUACAUGGAACUCUCUGCCACCCCAGGUAACUCAAGCUAGCAAUAAAACCAGUUUAAAAAAACGGAUAAAACAACACCUUACUGCACAAAGGGGACAGUGAAGAGACACAGCCAUUUUAUAUAUAUUGUAUUGUAAUUUGUACUGUACUAUGUAUUAGACCUAGAUAUUGUUUGUAUGUACUCAUAUGUAGGCUAUGUGUGACGUUUUAAAUGUAUGUAUUUCAGUCCUUGACUAAUAAUGUUCUGUACUAUGUACUAUGUCAUGUUUCAUGUGGACCCCAGGAAGAGUAGCUGAUGCUUUUGCAGCGGCUAAUGGGGAUCCUAAUAAAUACCAAAUAGUAGUAAUGGUAGUAGUAGUAGUAGUUAUAGUAGUGGUAGUUAUAGUAUAGUAGUUAGUAGUAGUUAUAGUAUAGUAGUUAGUAGUAGUUACAGUAUGGUAGUUAUAGUAGUAGUAGUUAUAGUAUAGUAGUAGUAGUAGUUAUAGUAGUAGUAGUAGUAGUUAUAGUAUAGUAGUAGUAGUAGUUAUAGUAGUAGUAGUAGUAGUUAUAGUAUAGUAGUAGUAGUAGUAAUAGUAGUAGUAGUAGUAGUUAUAGUAGUAGUAGUUAUAGUAGUAGUAGCCGUAGUAGUCGUUAAAGUAGUAGUAGCUAUAUUAUAGGAUUAUACUAUUGCUGUAGGCCUAUAUAAUACUACUAAUGUGACAAUAAUGUGAUCAAAGGAAUAAGUCAAACAUCAUUGUUUUUUUGAGGGAUCCUCUCUUCUCUACUUCAGGUACUCACCCUGAUCCCUACUGGGUGCUGUCCACCGACUAUGACAGCUACACCCUGGUGUACUCCUGCACUAACUUUGGCGGCCUGUUCCAUGUGGACUUUGCCUGGAUCCUGAGCAGAGAGCGUUCCGUCCCAGACGAGACCCUGGAGGAGCUGCACAGCCAUCUCACCUCCAAACGCAUCAAGAAUGACAAGAUAACCAUCAGCGACCAGAGCCCCAAACGCUGCACUGUCAUGCCUGAGUAACAAAUAAACUAUUAUUUAUUUGUUACUACUAGUACGGCAUCCAUGUUAGGAAGUCCCUCAGUUGUCAGCCGAAACUUGUCAGUUGUCAGUCCAGACUUUGGUCCAAAAGAAAAGUUUUUCUUUCAAAUAUUUUGGAGCUAUUGAUUGAGCCUGUCUGGAGAGCCAAAUGUGCAGGGUUUAUACUUUUAGGACAAUUCCAUUGGUUAAAUAGAGCCAGGCAAGCUCAAUCAAGGGCUUAAAACAUACAGUAUUAUUUUCUGUCAACAGAUUUUGAUUCUGUCAACAGAGAGAGAAGUGUAGUAGUGGUUGUCAUUCAUAAUAUCGAUGGAGGGGAGUUGGAAUGAUGCUUUAAGUCAUGUAAUCUCUUAUUAAAUGCCUGCAUGCAAAGACUUGUAUGUUUGUUACUGAAAAUCAUAGCUUACGUCUUAUAUUCAAGUUUGACAUCCUCCAAACUGUUGUUUAAAUUACAAAUAUGACUGUGUGGAAUGACCUUGUUACAACAAAUUGUUUAGUAAAUACCUAGUAAGGUCUGCACUGCAAAAUAGAGUGCUACUCAAAAAUGUCCCAGUGAACUGUACUAAAGAAAAGAGCAGACAAGACAAUGUCUGUGGGAGGUAAACAAUUAAUGACCACCGAGCGCCGUUAAGUCCUGGAAAUCCCCCCAAGAGUGACAUGAACAUUUCACGACAAUGUCCCAGAGAGGGCUGUCCGUCACAGUCCGUCCUAUUCCAUCCCGCCAGAUUGGUUAACAACAUUUAUCCUGGUAUGUCCCCCAUGACUCAAAUUUGCUAAUUGUUUACUUUCUGUCAGAAAUAAGCCUCGGGAUGCUACAAAGACGUUCAUUCAUGACAGAGACUUCAGUGUGGCAUGACCCAGGAGAGAGAAGGUUAUCUUAUAAAUACACAUCCUGAGUUGACCAGAUAUCCUGACCAGAGAGACAGAGGUAAGAUGUGCUUUUCGCUGUUGUAUGGGAUUUCAUAUAAAGAUAAAUGUUUCGAAUGAAUGAACGCUAUCAAUGUCCAAACGAGAAACCUUGUUUGGGGAGUUCAAAUGAACUGUAGAAUUUGGUUUGUGCGAUAGCAAGUGAAAUAAGGUAGAGUUUGCUGAAUAUCUUUGUCAUGUGAGACGAAGAGACUAACACCAGGGACUGGGAAAUGAAACAAAUAUGAUCUCUAUAUAGCUGUAUAUUUACAAAUAGCAUAGAACUUAAAAUAACCCAAUGAUUGAUGUGUGUUACAUGGUUGAUGCUGAAACACAUUUAUAUUGAUUUUCUUUUUGUUGUUGUUGUUGAUAAUCUUUUUUUUCUGUCUUGAAAAUGUGACUAAUUAGGGGAAAGUGUGAGUGACAUUUGCCGGCCAUUUUAAGACAGAUAUCAGAGAUACUGUAUGUUUUGCGUUUAUGACAGAUAAGAGAUAUUAUAUGUUUAUAUUUUGCAUUAAAUUAUGAAAUGAUGGCCUAUGAGUCAUCUGUCCUCCAUUUCUCCAUUUACCAUUUUAAUCGACUAUGAAAAAAGCUGUCGAGAUCGAAUUUCCUGUGGUUUGCUCUCUUUUACCAUCUUUCUAUUUGUAAAAUGGAUAACAAAGCCUACAACAACUAAGGCCAGUUUCCCAGACCCCAAUUAUACCUAUUCCUGGACUAACAACCUCCCCAAAGAUGGUCUAUUAUAUUGACAAGAUAGUCAAGUGACCGCCCUAACAAUGGAAAUGCAUGUCCUCAAAGAUGGAAGGCAGGCGGGAGGAGGCGAGAUCAGGUGGGACCAUUCUAGCCAAUGAGAGGGCAGAUACACGUGUGAACAACAGGCCCUAGAGAUACUGUAGAUAGAGGAUUCAUCUUUGUAUCUGUGUCGUUAUAGAUCUGUGACAGCAUGGGCAGCGCCAUUGAAGCGAUCUCCAUUUUAAAGUAGUCCAUUUUCUUCUUCUUCUUUGACUGAUUGCUCCAAACUCAUAGGAAUCUCCAUCCAGUUGACUACUUUAAAAUGGAGUGGAAGCCCUCAACUUAAAUUUCCAUGCUAAAAAUAUCUCUAUGAAAACAGGCACAAUUCAAAGUUGGCAAAAAGCCAAGCGCGUCCACUUAUAUCAGUGCAUUUGUACCACAGGAGACUGCUGAGGAGAGAACGGCUCAUUGUAAUUUAAGGUGCCACCGGCUGCCUGUGAUUUGUAACAACGCAACCAUUACGAAACUUGUAUUCGAUCAAAUAAGCCUCAUAUAGCAAAUUUGCAAUUAGCAUUAUUUUCGUGAACAGAUUUUGGGCGGAGUAAAACCUCUCGCUUCGCCUCUUCCUCUGUUGUCCCUCUGAUUUUUUUGAUUUUUUUGUAAGCUUUGUUUUCUCUGUUGAUUGAUUGUCAUUAUUUUCAGGUGACGGCUGCCCUGUAACCAUGACGCCAUUGUUUGCCCUCAUCUUGCCUCUCCUCCUCCUCCCCCUCGUCAGUACCCAGGUACCCCACUGGGGGCCUUGUCCGGAACCAGCCGUCCAGCCCGCCUUCAGCAUAAAAAAGGUACCAACCCCCUGCCUGACCAAUCGGCACAGAUAAUGUACCUGCCAAUCAUGGAUGGCCAGCCAAUCAUAUAAAUGAUUAUUAUCAUCAUGAACAUAUCACAGUGAAUGUCACAUACUAAAUCUACCUGUCAUACCAGAUGAACACUAAACACUACACUAGUCAUGGUCUCUUAAUUUUCUAACUUGUCUAGCACUUUUCAUUACAGAAGAAAAUCCCAAAGCGCGUAAAAGCAAAACAAACAAGCACAACAACAUGUUAAGAUGUGAGAUUGAGAAUUUUUGAGUGUGUAUGUGUUUAUUUACCCGUGGUUCUAGUUCAUGGGUAGAUGGUUUGAAAUCGCCAAACUGCCUGCCCAGUUUGAGAAGGGGAGGUGCAUCGAGACCAACUUCUCCAUGAAGGCUGAUCAGACCAUUAGAGUGGUCAGCUCUGAAAUGUUGUGAGUAGAUUACGUACACCUAGGAUUGCAAAAUUCCGGUAACUUACAUUUCCCAGUUUUCCAAAAAUCCUGGAAGAUUCCGGAUUUCCUUCUUAUUUCCUCCUAAUUCUGGAAAACCUUCCACCAGAAUUACUGGAAAAAACUGGCAAUAUUGGGAAAGUUACUGGCAUUUUUCAACCCUAGAUACACCUGGAUUACAUAGACUUUUAUCCUGAACAAUGUUGUUGUUUGAAAAUUCAUAGUAGUGGACCAUACAUUGGGCAGCAGGUAGCUUAGUGGUUAAGAGCGUUGUGCCAGUAACCGAAAGGUCACUGGUUCUAAUCCCCGAGCCGACUAGGUGAAAAAUAUGUCGAUGUGCCCUUGAGCAAGGCACUUAACCUUAAUUGCUCUGGAUAAGAGCGUCUGCUAAAUGACUAAAAUGUAAUGCAGUUUAUUUCAGUUGAAAAUCAGCUCAUUUCAGUUGCCAUACAGUUCUUUCUGUUUAAAUCCUUUGAUAUGAAUCUAAUGCUUUUGACCUUUUGGUGACCUUUGACAGAAAGGGAGAGCUAAGGACUAUCGAGGGGACAGGAGUCACGGAGGACUUGAAGAACCCAGCCAAGUUAGGCAUCAGCUACUCUUACGGUGAGCAUUAUGAUAAGCUGUUACGACGUAACUACAGUAGAGCAGGGCAACCAGGGUUGUGUUCAGUAGGGAGAAACUGUAUUAAAUAGGGAGGUACUGCAUUAAACAGGGAGAAACUGUAUUAAAUAGGGAGGUACUGCAUUAAACAGGGAGAAGCUGUAUUAAAUAGGGAGGUACUGCAUUAAACAGGGAGAAACUCCAUUAAAUAGGGGGGUACUGCAUUAAACAGGGAGAAGCUGUAUUAAAUAGGGAGGUACUGCAUUAAACAGGGAGAAACUGUAUUAAAUAGGGAGGUACUGCAUUAAACAGGGAGAAACUCCAUUAAAUAGGAAGUUACUGCAUUAAACAGGGAGAAACUGUAUUAAAUAGGAAGUUACUGCAUUAAACAGGGAGAAACUGUAUUAAAUAGGAAGUUACUGCAUUAAACAGGGAGAAACUGUAUUAAAUAGGGAGGUGCUGCAUUAAACAGGGAGAAACUCCAUUAAAUAGGAAGGUACUGCAUUAAACAGGGAGAAACUGUAUUAAAUAGGGAGGUACUGCAUUAAACAGGGAGAAACUGUAUUAAAUAGGAAGUUACUGCAUUAAACAGGGAGAAACUGUAUUAAAUAGGAAGUUACUGCAUUAAACAGGGAGAAACUGUAUUAAAUAGGGAGGUGCUGCAUUAAACAGGGAGAAACUCCAUUAAAUAGGAAGGUACUGCAUUAAACAGGGAGAAACUGUAUUAAAUAGGGAGGUACUGCAUUAAACAGGGAGAAACUGUAUUAAAUAGGGAGGUACUGCAUUAAACAGGGAGAAGCUGUAUUAAAUAGGGAGGUACUGCAUUAAACAGGGAGAAACUGUAUUAAAUAGGGAGGUACUGCCUGCACCUCAUUACAUUUACAUUCACGUCAUUUAGCAGACGCUCUUAUCCAGAGCGACUUACAGAUAGUGAAUACAUAUUUUUUUAUACUGGCCCCCGUGGGAAUCGAACCCACAACCCUGGCGUUGCAAACGCCAUGCUCUAUCAACUGAGCUACAUCCCUGCCGGCCAUUCCCUCCCCUACCCUGGACGACGCUGGGCCAAUUGUGCGCCGCCCAUGAGUCUCCCGGUCGCGGCCGGCUGCGACAGAGCCUGGAUUCGAACCAGGAUCUCUAGUGGCACAGUUAGCACUGCGAUGCAGUGCCUUAGACCACUGCGCCACUCAGGAGUAGGAGUAUAACGUCAUCUAGGGCAGGAGUGUCACUGCCCAGCUCCAGUCCUCAAGGGAAACAUAAUAUAAUUAAAAAAUAUGCGUUAAGGUGUCUGUAAUAGAAUAAAUGUGACUAAAACAAAUGUAGACAUUAAUAAAUGCAUUUCUAUAGCUUCCUAAAUAUUUUUGACAAUGGUGGGGGAGUGCCAAGGUGGAGGCGCGUUUGCUUCAAAAAGCAGCCCCUGUCCGUCAUCUAGUGUACAUGUAAAUCAUUGAAUAAAACAGGGAGGUGGCUACUACCUGAACUUGUCCAAUGAGAUUUUGUUUUGUUUUCGGUUGCAAAAUCUUUUGCUACAGUGUGCCCUACUGAACAUGUGUGUGGACUUCCCAGCUAACAAAUGACAUUCAUUGGUCAACAUCGUACCAGAAUAAUAAACAAAAACUAGAAAAGAUGGCAGCCUUUAAGAACAAACUGAGCAGUAGAGAUCACUCACCACGGAGUUCUAAUGGGAGGGGUUGUUUUUAACUGAGCAGUAGAGAUCACUCACCACGGAGUUCUAAUGGGAGGGGUUGUUUUUUCAAAAUCAGGAGAUGUCAUGAGUUGGACCCGUUAGCCCAUAUAAACAGAACAAUAUCAAAUAACAACCAAAGGCCAUCUCAUCCCACUUUGUUGAUCUUGACAUCAUUUGAGAGGGGUAAUUUCAAUUUUCUGCAGUUUGAAGGAGUCAUCACGACUGUAAUCACGUUAUAAUCUGUGGAAUAAAUGUAAUCAAAUCAAAUCAAAUCAAAUUGUAUUGGUCACAUGCGCCGAAUACAACAGGUGCAGACAUUACAGCGAAAUGCUUACUUACAGCCCUUAACCAACAGUGCAUUUAUUUUUAACAAAAAAAGUUAAAAUAAAACAACAACAAAAAAAGUGUUGAGAAAAAAAAGAGCAGAAGUAAAAUAAAGUAACAGUAGGGAGGCUAUAUAUACAGGGGGGUACCGUUGCAGAGUCAAUGUGCGGGGGGCACCGGCUAGUUGAGGUAGUGGAGGUAAUAUGUACAUGUGGGUAGAGUUAAAGCGACUAUGCAUAAUGUGAUCCUGUGGUUGUUUCCCAUCUCUGUCGAUCCUGUGGUUGUUUCCCAUCUCUGUCGAUCCUGUGGUUGUUUCCCAUCUCUGUCGAUCCUGUGGUUGUUUCCCAUCUCUGUCGAUCCUGUGGUUGUUUCCCAUCUCUGUCGAUCCUGUGGUUGUUUCCCAUCUCUGUCUCUCUAACAGUCCUCCCCUACUCGCCUUACUGGGUCAUCUCCACCGACUACGAGAACUCAGCUCUAGUCUAUUCCUGCACCGAUGUCCUGCGUCUGUUCCACAUGGACUUUGCCUGGAUCCUGGGGCGCACACGCACCCUCCCUGCCGCCACCGUCGACAAAGCCAGGGAGAUCUUCACAAGCAGCAACAUUGACGUUAGCCGGAUGGUCGCCAGCAGGCAGCAGGGCUGUGAUAAGACCCUCUGAGAGAUUGAAUACAAUUGGAUAGAGUAGAACUUCAUAGAAUUUUCCCACAGGGACAUUUGGUUUGCAACAACAUAGUAUGCAAAAGAGAUGUUGAUGGAAAAAAGUAAUAUAGUUUCCCUCAUCUGUGUAAUAACAUGUUAGCUCGGCAAACUUCAGUGACAUUCCAUUCAUUAUUCAGAGGAAUUAUUAGAGGAAAAUAAUGUACAGUAAUAUUUUGUCAGAGUUUUUUAAUGCUUUUUUAAAAAUCAUAACAAAAAAAAUUAGAUAAAUAUUCCAGUUACAUUACGUUAUUUUAAAUCAUAUGACUGGAAAUUAAUUGUUGUGACCUAAUUUAAAAUGUUUGUCACAAACUGAAAACAUGAGUAUUCUCAUUAGAGGCAAUAAAAGUAUAAGGAAAUCAAUA